AUGCCGCAGCCUCCUCCACCGCUACCGCCGCGCCGCCCUCCUCCCGCCGCGCGCCCCGACUCCCUCCCCACCUCGCACUUCGCCUCGACCUCGUCGUCGUCCUCCUCCUCGUCCAUGUUCCGCGCACGCGCACUCGCAAAAGUCAACAAACUCGCAUCGCAGACGAGCGAGUUCGUCUCACCCAGGCUCGAGUCGGCGAAGGAGUCGGCUGCUGGGAAACUCGCCAAUUUGAAAGACGCGUACUACGCGCAGCAGCAGCAGGCGAACGGUGCGGGUGCUGGAGGGCACACAGAGUCGAAUUGGGCGACGCAGGAGAGGGUCGUCGCCCCGCCGAAGAGGGCGCUCAGGACGAGGCAGGUCCAGGGAGAGUUUGCGGAGCCUUCACUUGCGUCGGGCGGGAUGAGGUCGCGAGGGAUGACACCGCCGGGUAGUCCGACAGAGAGCAGGACGGGCAAGUGGGCGGCGGGUAUUGGCAGCUACUUUAGCACGAACGCAGCGCCUGUUGCGACCGCUUCGAGCAGCGCGACGGGGACGCCGUCAAAGGGCAAGGGCAAGGCGCUCUUGACGGACGACAUUGACGAAGAACGGAUCGUGUGCUUUCCAGGAUGGGCAACGCUCCAACCCGCUCCUCACGACGUCGCUGAACCCGCUCUCGUCCUCGACGUCCUCGUACACGGCUACGCAUACCGACAACGUCCCCUCUCCCAAGCCUCGCGCUCCCAACGCAUCUUCUACGCCCUCGCCAAAUCCUUCGCCGCCCUGCCCAAGAUCCCGCCCAACCUCGCUCCGUCAGUCGCGCCAGAUGUCGCCCUCGGGUCGGUUGCGAGUAUCGACAGCAGCAUGCGAGACGUCGCGAUCGACGACCCGAGCGUCAUGGACAAGUUGCUCGAGGUAGGUGGGCGGAGUGACGAUCGGGAUGCGAAGGACGAGCUGGCGGGCGCGGCAGUCGAGGCUGUCGAGGGGAAAGAGUUGACGGACGAGCCGAGCGAGAUGUCGGCUGAGGAAAAGAUGCGCAGUCCAACCGCUGCCAGCUUUGCGCAGGAUGCGGCGCAUCCUAUACCGCCUCAUGACCCUCCCCAUCCCGCGCACGCCUCGACUGCUCCUCCGACGGCAUCGCGCUCGCCUGAGGAUGAGAAAAUCCUCCCGACACCCGCCAAGCUGAACCGUCGCCCUCACGUCCGCAUCGAGAUACCGCCAUCGAAGUUGGGCGGGCCGGCCAAAGCCAUCUCGGCUCUGCGCUCGCCAUCUGUACCGAGCUCGCCUUCCUCUGCGACGCACCCGCCACCGAAGUCUCCCGGCCUGCGAAGCGCGACCUUCGGUUUCGUCGGCAAGAAGGACCGCGACUCGAAGCACUCGCGCGCUUCGUCCGCCACCUCGUCCGUCGCCUCUUCGCGCGCCUCCUCCCGUGCCUCUUCGCGUGCCAACUCGCCUACCCGCGCCUCUGCCUCUUCCGCUCUUCCGCCCGAAGCCUGGCCUCAACCCUUCACCCUCCCUUCUUCACCCGCCGACCUCCCCCGCCUACACACGAACCUCCACACCCGUCUCCUCCCCUUCUUCGGCCAGAAGCUCGCCGCUCGAAAAGUCCGUAUCUCGAUCUACCCCGCGCUCAAAGGCGGACAACUUUGGGACGGAGCGCUCGCUACGAAAGUCGUGGCGACUGUCGCCCCCGGUGGAGGAUUCAGGACCCGCAUGAGUGUCGGUGGGAAAGAGCUGAAGAAGUGGUUGGAGAUUGUUGGGUCUGCGCCGCAUCCGGGUGGAGAGGGCGGGAUGGACCAGCUCAAGGUCAGGGUCGUGGCGGAGUUGCUCGAGCCUGAUGGAGGCGUCUCGACGGCGGAUUCGUGGUCGAAUGCGGGGGCGGCGGCGAGUGUGGGCGGAGGGGGAGGGUAUGCGCAGGCGAAACCGACGGCUGAGGACGAGGUCGAGCUGGGUGUGGCGAUCCAGGGCGACGGCGGCGCGGGAAGCGGUGUCAGGGUUGUCAGCGACGUCGACGAUACGAUAAAGUGGACGGAAGUGCUCAAGGGCACCAAGACGAUCUUCCGGAACGUCUUCGUCCGCGAGCUGUACGAGAUCCGCGUGCCCGGCAUGGCGUCGUGGUACCAACAGAUGCAGACCCUCGGCUGCCACUUCCACUACGUCAGCAACUCGCCCUGGGAGCUCUGGCCGGUCGUCAGGUCGUUUCUCGUCAUGGCGGGCUUCCCAGGCGGGAGUUGCACACUCAAGGAGUAUGGAGGUGCGAGUAGCGCGCUGGCCAAGUUGUGGGAGGAACCGGGCCAGAGGAAACGAGCGAACGUCGAGGCCAUCCUCAAGGAGUUCCCAGAAUCGCAGUUCCUCCUCAUCGGCGACUCGGGCGAGCAAGACCUCGAGCUGUACCGCUCGCUCGCCUCGCAGUACCCGCAGAACGUCCUCGCCAUCUUCAUCCGCGAUGUCACCACCCCUUUCACUCCUCAGCGCUCUGAGCCAGCCGUCUCCUACGCGACCUACAAAUCAGCCCGACGAGCAGACUCGCUCGCAACGCCCGUCGCUGAUCCCGCUGCUUCGACCGAGACUCCCUCGACGCCGCUCGCUCCGCCCAAACUCCGCUGGCGCCACUCGCAGUCCGCGUCAGACCUCGCCAGUCUCGUCGACGAGGAGAAGGCGCGGUUCUCGGCUGAACACGGAGCGGACGACCGCCCGUUCAGCGAGAUGCCUGAUUUGCCGGGCCAGUGGGAUGGGUCGCACGAGCGGCCUGUUCCGGUGAGAAGGACGAGCGGGAGUGAAGUUACGCUCAAGACGAGCGGGCGCGAGCCGAGCACGCCGACUCGGCCGGGGAUGGGCGGUCGAACACGGUCUUCGCCAUUCAACGUCUUCCGUUCGCCCACCUCAUCUCGCGCCUCCUCGCCCACCCGCGGCUCGGCUCUCUCCUCUGCCCCCUCCACACCGCGCUCCGAACCCGCCGACCCGCUCGCCCUCACAGACGACCCCUUCUCCGACGCACUCUCACCCAACAACCCUCUCCGUCCCUCUCCGCCACCGACAAGACCCGAACAAGGAACCCCUGCGGCGGUCGAGGCGUUCUACAAGCGUGUUGCGGACGCCGAGAGGUUGUUGCCGAAGGAAGUCAAGUUGAGGUUGUUCCGGCACGGGGCUGAGUGUACGGAGGAAGCGAUCAAGAUUAUCAAGGAGGCGAAGAAGCGACGAUAG